AUGAUAUGGUGGUUUCUAAUUUCAAUAAAUUUUUUGUUUUUUCUUUUAAAAAGCUUUUUCACUCCUAAAGACACAGAUUAUUUGAAUGAUCUCAAUAACAGCCAAUCUAGUUCACCAACUGAAAAAUACAUAUUGGGCGAAAGCUACAAUUUGACGAGCCAAAAGUUGAAAAUAGACUUCGGUUCAUUAGACACAGGAACGAAGAUAAUAGAGUACAGCAAGGGGAUUAUUAACAUUAAGUCUAUUCAACAAUAUGACUAUGACAGUUAUAUGUUAACACCGUGCAAUUCGGAUAUAUGGUGGAUAUACUCUUUUAGUGAUAUUAUUCAUAUUGAAAAAAUUGGAUUAGUGUCUCUAGAACAUUAUGCAUCUAAUUUUAAAGUAAUUGAAAUUUUAGGUAGUGAUGUGUACCCAACUAAAAGAUGGAAGAAGUUAGGAAAAAUAUCAACCAAUUUUACAAGAAGUUUUGAACUUUUUAAUAUUUUCGAAUAUUGUAAGAACUAUGAUGAAGAUAACUGUUGGGUUAAGUAUUUGAAAUUUGUUGUUUUGUCUCAUCAUAAUUUAGAAAAUAAUUAUUACUGCACUUUAACACAUCUACAAAUUUUUGCAUCAUCUGGUGUUGAUAUGCUUAGUGACAAAAUAUAUUCUGAUGAAAAUGUUAACCAAAUGCAGAAGGAUUCACAUGAUAAUUACAUAGAUGAAAGGAAUGAACAUAUGCAAGAUCAAGAAGUGUUAGAAAAUAUGGACGUCUUAGUUGUAGACAAGGAAUUAAAAAAAAAAGAACAAAAGGAGAAGCAACACACGACAAAGCGUCCAACGGUGCAGUCAACGACGGAGCAAACGACGAAGCAAACAAACGAGCAAACAAACGAGCAAACAAACGAGCAAACAAACGAACAAAUAAACGAACAAAUAAACGAACAAAUAAACGAACAAACAGAUUCUAAGGAGACCCACGCACCAUCACUGGAAAAGAAAUUUGUGGACGUAAAUUUAACAAAAAAAGAAUUGAAAGAUACAAAUUUAAUAGAGAAGGAGGUAGUGGAUUCGCAACUAGUAGAUAUUAAUCUGUUAGAUACUAACCUAUUAGAAAAGGAAUUAACAGGUGCUAAACUAAUAGAUAUAGAAUUAAUAAAAAAAGAAUUAAUGGAUACAGAAUUAAUAGAAAAAAAACUAAUGGAUACAGAUUUUAUUGAAAAAGAAAUAAGAACAAAUAAUUUUUGUGAAGAACAGAUACUUGACAACUUUACCGAACAAGUUAGACAAGAAUUUGAAGACACAAGUAAUACUGAAAAUAAGCACUACAUAAAAGAACAAGAAGGAAGGAAAAGUAAAUGCAAGGACAAGUGUAAUGAAAAGGGUAAAAACUACACACAAGUGGUAGAUCAUUUGGAUCACGCACAACAGACAAAAAACAUAACUACUACAAAAAGGAAAAAGAAAAGUAAAACUAUGGAAGGAGAAUAUAGUAGCUAUCCUUUAUUGUCAUCUAACUUAUUUAUCAUUUUUAACAAAUCAGUUAAGGAAAAAUAUUACAUUCUUAAAUAUUUGAACAGAUUAAAAAUGUCAAAACUUUUUAAAAAUUCCUUAUAUGCAACAUAUGGAAACAUUAUAAAAAAAUGUGUACCUUGGAUUAGUUCCCUUUUAAUAGGAAAAAAUACGCAUACGUAUAAUAAAUAUAUUACAGGUAGUAUCAUAAAAACUAAUUAUUUAUUUUACUCAUUGGAUACUCUUCUUAUGAAAAAUCUACGAAAAGGAAUCCACUUAUUUCGUAAAACAGAACUUUCCCCUUUCGGUUUAAUUUUAAAAAAGGUGUUCCUAAAAUCUGCUAAUAAUUAUUUUUAUUAUUACUACUAUUUUAAUAGAAAUAGUAUUCUAUGGAUAGGGGACACACAAAAAAGUAAAAGUAAUGAAAGAAAAAACAGAGAAAAAAGAGGGAGAACAAAAGAGGGAAAAAUGCAACAAGCGUAUGAUAACUACCAUUAUUAUAGUAUGAUAAAAAAAAAUAAUGCAGCUUUGCUUCAAAUUAGUAAACUAAGUAGUAUUAAUAAAGUAUUUUUCCCCCAAUUGUUAUGCAAUUUUGACCUUUACUGUUCAUACAAAAAAAGAGGUGCAUUAAAUCUUAUUGAGCACAGAAAGAGUUUAAUGAAAUCAUUUGUCAGUAUUUACAUUUUUAAUGGUACAAAUAAAACAAUGUAUAAAAAAGAAACAUAUACCAAGUACAGAAAAAAAGAAGGUAAAAGGUGUAACUUCUUUAGAAAUAUAUUUUUAUUGAGAAAAUUUAAAAAAAUAAUAAAACAAAAGUUGAAUAAGGAUUAUUUUCCAAUUUCUCAUACAGUAAACAUUUCUACAAAUUGUUCCUCCCCUAAAGACAUUAUAACUGGCUACAUUUGGAACAAAUAUCAAAAGAAAAAAAAAAAUAUUGUUUCUCGUCAAAAAGUAAUUAUACAAAAACUUAAUGAUAAGCACAUAAUUUUAUAUAUUAUUUAUAAACUAAAAAAGGAUCAAAAAUACAAUUCGGAAUAUAUAAAAUAUUGCACGGAUUUAAUUUUAAAAUGGUACAAGCUUUCUAAAUCCCCACAUUUUAUUCAUUCUUUGGAAAAGAAACUAGUUAGCAGUUUUUAUAACAAGACCAAAUGCUACGACAUUUUUAAGUAUUACCUUAUUUUGAAGAAAAAGAGAAUAUUUUUUCAGCAGCGAGUCCCCAAUAUUUUUUACCAACAGAAAAACAACGAUAUGUGCAGUAUAUACGAUGAUUUUGUGAUAAGUCGUGUUAAUUACUAUGCUGACGAUGGUCAUAGGGUAAGAAGAGACGAUGCCAUAGAAGGCGGUCAGGGUGAUAGAAGCGAUACGUGCGACUUAUAUGAAUCAUAUGACGCAAACGACUCAAACUACCAAAUACAUUAUUGUCCUGUGAGGACUCAACUAAGAAGUAGUGAGCGUGAACCCAUUAAACAUAAACCCCUCCCCAUUAUUGAUACUUUUACCCUGUUCCUUCACAAGAUAAGAGAAAAAAGCUUACUUCCAAGGUACAUUUUAACUUCCAUUAUAAAUAAAAAGAAUGAAAUAAAAAGACUUGAAAUGUGCUUCGUGUCCAUAUGGCAUAAACUAAUAGUUGAAAAAAUAGAACAAGAUAUCAUAAAACUAAAUGCAAAUGAAGUGAAAAAUAUAGUGUCAAAUUAUAUGAGCGAAAAUUGCUUCACAAAAAAAGAAAUUUACCCAAAUGCAAAAGGAAAUGAUAACAAUUAUGAAAAUAAGAAUGGACGAAAUUUAAUAAAUUUCUUUUACCGAAUGAAGAACAAGCAACUGGGCUUUCGUCGUAUCCAUUUAAAGAGGGAUAUUAUUAAAAAAAAGAUAUCAACAAAAUAUGUACAAUUCGCACAAUUUGCACAAAUUUCCAAAGUCCUUAUAAACGUGGUUUCCAAUUUUUUCAGCACCCUCAUCAUGAAUCGCAUAAAACAGCUAAAGAAAAUUAACUUUUUGAAAAAUAAAAGAGAAAAAAGAAAGUCAAUGAUGUUUAUAAAUAAUAUGGACACGUUUAAAAAUAUAAAAACAGAUAAGUGCGAAUUGCACGUAAAUGGAAAAACACAAGUGAGUGACCAGAAUUUACCUCUUUACACAUACGGGACGGUGAAAGAUGAACAAAAAAAUAAAAACAUGGCAGAUAUUCGUAUAUCUGUUGAUGAUGUUGAAAAUAUUAUGUACUGUGAUGAAUAUGUAAAAGAGUGUGUGGACGAAAGUCCUUUGAACAAACAGAUAGAAAAAGAUAAAUUAAAAAAUAUCGUAAAUGUAGGGUACAAGGAUAAUAGUGACAAUAGCAUAAAAAUUUUAAAUGAAAUAAAAAAAACGGAAGAAACAAAUAGUAAACUUAUUAACGAAGUGUAUGAUAUUAUUAACGAGUAUUAUGAUAACUCCUCUCAAAAUUAUUCUGUAAAUUUAAAAACAGGAAAAAAAAUAUACCUAAUAGUCAAUAACAAAGAUAACAAAAAAAGGGAAAGUAGUCAUAAUAGUAAUCAUCAUCAUAACAAUAAUAGUAAUAGUAAAAAUAAUAGUAAUAAUAAUAUAGAAGACAACAGAAAAAUUCAGGAAGAGAAAUUGCAUUACAUAGAGGAAGUAGACAAAGUUAUCGGUGAUAAUGUACACUAUAACCAUGACCAAAAUUGCAUAAGAGAGGAAAAAAUCGAAGAAAAGUCCAAAAAUACUAGAGGGCAUGCCCUCUUAACAUUAGUAGAUAAAGUAAAAACUAUUGAAAGCAAAAAUAAUUAUGUUGUCGCAAAAUUAAAGGAUGUCAUAAAAAUAACAAAUAACAAAACGAAAAUAAUUUAUCAUAUGUUAUCAAAUUUUAAAAUACUACAAAAUACUGUUAGUCUGCUUUUAAAAUAUAUUAUGAUAAACGAAAAAAAUAUGCAGGAUUUGAGAAAGUGUAGGAAAAAAUCAGAUACCUUUUAUAAAAUAAUGAAAGACAUUUGUAUUACUCAAAUAAAUGAUAAGAAUCAAAAUUUAACAUCUCUUAAUUAUAUGUGUAAAUAUUUACAAGAUUUUCUCUAUGAUGAAUUAGAAAAAAAAUAUCUUUUUCAAAAACUGAGGGGAAAUUUUACUAUUUGUGAUGAUGAAGAAACAUUAUUACAUAACAAGAAUUCUUUUCAUCAUGAAAAUGCCGAUUUUACAUUUAAAGAAAAAAAAAGAAGUAUUUUCAAUUUUUUAUAUUAUGAAAACCAUUGUCACAACGACAUAUUUAAAACGCCUUAUAUUUAUUACAGUUCAUCUGUAGACAGAAUUCAAAAUUUUUAUUUGAAAAUAUGCAAAAUGGUUAGAAAUAUAACCGUUUUGAAUAUUAUUAUAGAAAAAAUUAAAUAUUUUAAAAAAGCUUUUUUUAAUUUUUUGGUAAAUAGUUACUAUUACGGGAGCACAUACUUCAGUAGUAAUUAUUUCACACAAAGUAACAGCAAUAAUUUUUAUGCUCUUCUUGUUUGUAUCUUUUUAGUUUUAUUUUUAAUAAAUAAUAUAUUUUGUUUUAUUUUUUAUAAGCAUUUGUCAAAUAAAUUGAACACCUAUAUUAAAAGUUGCACAUGUCAUAAUAAGUAA